AUGAUGAUGACUGCUCCACGAUUGGGUCUUCUGUUCGCUUUCCUCGCCUGCGUUCUGGGCGUGAGCCGGGCGUUUGUGCCAUCCGCUUCCUUGGUGGCUUCCCCCACCACCAGCGCUCCGGCACCCAAGUUUGCGCGCACUGCUUCCUACACCUCUUCCGAACUGCACGCCAUAUUUCCGGACGUUUCUCUGACGACGGCUGCGUCUACUUUGGAUCCCACCACGAUCCUGUCGGAUUUAUUUUCCGGGCUCAUCAAUACGCCCGCCAUUCUCGCCGUUCCAAUUGUGGCCGCUCUGGGACUCGCUUCACUCAUUGCUUUUUUGAUUGUGGCCUACGCCACUCCAGCCGAACCGGACGAUUGA